GAGCGUGUGCAAGGCAACAUCCAAGCAACUGCCAAUGAUCCAUCGGUGGCUCUGGAUCAAAGACUGUUCGAGGAAGCCGAGCUGGUCUUGGCAGAGACACUGUCUGCAGAGCAAAAACUGCCUCUUGUCGUGUCAUUGUCCGCACUUCUACCAACAUUGCGGCAGGAUCCCGGUCCAGCAGGGAAUCUGCUUCUGCGCUUGAUCAAGGCCUACAGCUAUGGCGAUAUCCUCAGUCUUGGCAAUAUCCCCUUCACGGAUGGCUUGCUGGCGGGCGAACAGAUGUCUUCGUACAACCGCCUCAUCCUAGCCAUCUUGCAAAAAGCCACCGCAAACGCUGCUGAUGCGGCAUCCGUGGCUGGAAUGCUGGACACCAUGCAAGCUCUGGUGCGGCUAUGGCUGUGCACAGAUGACACUGGCAUAGCUACACAAUGCUCGCAAUUGCUGCUUGAUCUCCUGAAAGUUGACCAGGAGAUUCGGGACGAUAUUGACUCUCAUCUGCCUGGGGGAGGCCAAGGUCUGGUGUGGAAGCGCAUCUUCGGCGAUCGAAACGUAUACCGUGUGUUCUUCUGGGCCUGCGCACUGUCCGACUCUGACCCAGUCAAGCUGGGGAAGAGCAUGCGCACCAUCGCACAAGCUAGAUUGAUGGAGUGGCUGCCGAAGGUGGCUACCAUGGAUUGGAAUGCAGUGUCACACACUCACCAUGAGGACGUAGAAGCAGAGUUCAAGGUCAAAGGCGGCUUGCUUGACUUUGCCGCCUUACACAUGGUCGACACUAGUGACGACAUCCUCAUGUAUCGCUGCUUGGUCGACUUCUACUCAGAUCUGCUUGAUGCUACCAAGCCUACAAUACGCUUGCCCGGGUCAGCCACAGAAUCGCAUGGCUUGAGGUAUCUCGUUGCUCAGGGCGUGCAUGAAAAGACUGCAGGCAUCUAUCUGCAACUUCCAGGAGCACGGGUUGAUCCUUUGGAGUCGAUGUUCCUGUACGGUCCAGCCGCCAACUACAUCGCUACAUAUGCUUCGAACUACCCUGAACACUUCCUCUCAAGUCAGAUGCCACAGCAGGUCAGCGAUCGCAUGCGCGAAGCGUUUGAUCUCUCACCAGGGAAAUGGGCGCAUCAAGAGUCACCGAAGCAUGAUCUGCAUGUUCUGGCAAGUCUGCCGCGCAAGUCAUUGCUUGCAUCCUCUGGUGGAGGGCGACCGAGUCCACUUCUGCAAUUGCCGUCUCGUGCAACAAACCCAGACGUGCUCAACACACUGGCAGCAGUCUUCCAUGGUCCCGAUCGAGAUGUCAUUUUCCGCCCUGGCGAAUCGGCACAGCAAGACCCUUCCAUACGGCAAGAGGCAGCUGAGGCACGAGCUCUGUACUUCACCUAUCUCGCUUCUAAUCCAAGCUUCUGGCGUGACAUUGCUUCGCACGCAGAUACAGUGGCACUCAAAGAUCUGGCAUUGGGCGCUAUCAACGUUCUGGCAUCAGUGAUUACUGCAAAUUGGUCUACAGAAUCCGAUGUCCCCCUGCCAUCUGGGAUUGCAACCCCAGAAAGUGGCCACCUAGCACUACUUGCACCUCCAGCUCUCGAGUACGCGCUACCAUAUCUAAUGGCCCCACCAAAGACUUUUGGAAACUUGGUUGGAGGUAGAGGGGAUGCAGAAAGCUCGGCGUACAAAAUUGCUUCCGCUAAAUUUGAUGCUCUUCGAGCCUUCCACAGUCGUCUGGUAGUGCAGGUUGAACGUUCUCCAGGUGAAGGAUAUGAAGAGAUCCUCGCGACAAUCCAGAAGCGUCUGGCCGAAGGGCCACUUUCUCGCGAAGGAGAAGUCGGCGGUCGGAUUGGAACCCUCGAGCUUUAAAAUGAAGUAUCGUCCUGAUCGAUCAUCCCAUCCCGACAUGCUGCUGCGUUGUCGCAAAGCCCAUGGAGUUGUCCGGAAGGGCUCGUCUAGGGAUCGCAGCCAUUCAUGUGGUAUUCUGGCUAUGUGAGCUAGAUUGGCCUCUCAAAGCUCCUAAAGCUUCGAGUGGAUCUUUUUGGGGGAUCCGGUUGCUUUAAGCAGCGUAGCUCUCGCAGUCUAGGGGUCGGCAGCAAAGGUCCCAGUCCAUAGCCCGCCACAGAAAGCAGUUGUGGCUGGAACAACAGAUAUUAGCAGACGCCGUCUCCACAGUACAGCUCGGUUCAGAGCUUG